AUGGCUGCGACAACACGCCAGCUGCGGCGCUCAAUGCCCUCCCUCCUCGCCUCGGCGCAACCAGCAAGACAAGCCCCAGCAGCAGCAGCGCCAUUAUGUCUCGGCCGUUAUAACUGCCUGAGGAGGAACAACGGCACAGUCGCCCUUGCCUCGUCCACGGCAGCAGUGUCCCCGCGCCGCCUGUUCUCGUCCUCAACAGCCCGCCGCUCGGCCGACCCCAGCCCCUCAGAAAGCAAGGCGCCGGCGCCCACCCGCGGCGGCUCCAAGUUGUUUCGGGACGCCGACGCCGCGGUGGCCGACGUCAAGUCCGGGUCCACCAUCCUGUCCUCGGGCUUCGGCCUCUGCGGCGUGGCAGAGACGCUCAUCACCGCCCUGCACCGCCGCGGCAAGGACAGCCUGCACUCGCUGACGGCCGUGUCCAACAACGCCGGCGUCGAGGGUAAGGGCGGCCUGUCGGUCCUGACCAAGGAGGGCCAGGUCAACCGCCUCGUCCUCAGCUACCUGGGCAGCAACAAGGUCCUCGAGAAGAAGUACCUGACCGGCGACAUCGCCAUCGAGCUGUGCCCCCAGGGCACCCUGGCUGAGAGGAUCCGCAGUGCGGGCGCUGGCAUCCCGGCCUUCUUUACUGCCACCGGUGCUCACUCUCUUCUCCAGGACGGCAAGAUCCCCGUGCGACUCUCACCCUCGGGCAAGGUGCUGGAGGGCGGGCGGCCGCGCGAGACGCGCAUCUUCGGCGGCAAGACGUACCUGAUGGAGACGGCGCUCCCCGGCGACGUGGCGAUCCUGCGCGCAUGGAAGGCCGACAAGGCCGGCAACUGCGUCUUCCGCUACACGACCAAGGCCUUCGGCCCCAUCAUGGCCAAGGCGGCGCGCCUGACCAUCGUCGAGGCCGAGCACAUCGUCGAGGUCGGCGAGAUCGACCCCAACGACGUCGACGUGCCGGGCAUCUUUGUCGACCGCAUCGUCCCCGCCACGGCCGACAAGCAGAUCGACAUCCUCAAGCUGCGCGAGGAGGAGGGCGCCGACGGUGGUGCCGCUGCGGCGAGCCCCGGGCAGGAGAAGCGCAACCGUAUCGCGCGGCGCGCGGCAAAGGAGCUCAAGGACGGCUUCUACGUCAACCUGGGCGUGGGCCUGCCGACGCUCGCGCCCAGCUUCGUGCCCGAGGGCCGCAAGGUGUGGCUGCAGAGCGAGAACGGCAUCCUGGGCAUGGGACCGUACCCGACCAAGGAUGAGGUUGACCCAGACAUCAUAAACGCAGGCAAGGAGACAGUAACCCUCCUCCCGGGCGCGGCGACCUUCGACUCGUCCGAGUCCUUCACCAUGAUCCGCGGCGGGCACGUGGACGUGUCGAUCCUGGGGGCGCUGCAGGUGUCGGCGUCGGGCGACCUGGCCAACUUCAUGAUCCCGGGCAAGGUGUUCAAGGGCAUGGGCGGGGCCAUGGACCUGGUGUCGAACCCGGACAAGACCAAGAUCGUCGUCACCACCGAGCACGUCGCCAAGGACGGCACCUCCAAGAUCGUCCAGCUGUGCACCCUGCCGCUGACGGGCGCCAACGUCGUCAGCACGAUCAUCACCGACCUUUGUGUCUUCCAGGUCGACCGCGAGGCCGGCGUGCUGACUCUCACGGAGAUCGCGCCUGAGGUCGAGGUCGAGGAGAUCAGGGCCAAGACGGAUGCGAAGUUUGUUGUGGCUGAUGACCUGCAGGUUAUGGAAUAG